UGGCUGGUUGUGGCUUUUGUCGGGCACUGAGCUGCGUGCCCGGAGGCUUUUUUGGGGCCAGGAGCAUGAUGCUAAAAGGCACAUGUGUUAGUUAGUGACACCCUGCCUCCGCCAGCCUAAAAACACGAGAUGUGCAGCCGGAGAAAGUGCUCAAAGGAUGAAAAUAAAGUUAAACAAAUGCCUGGGUUUCCUGGCAUCUCUCUACUGAUAGCGGCUGCGUUAGGGCUCCGGGGUGAAGGGUGUGCUGGAGGAGGUGAUCACGUUUCGCUGGGUUAGUUUGCAUUGCCCGGGAGAUGGGUGGUUUCCCUUCUCAAGGCUUAGAGCAGCAACUCCCUUUCUGGGAAAUGAACUGCUGCUGGUUAAUGCCACUAGAAAACGGGGGUCCAGCUGCAAUCGCUCACAGCCACACAGGACCUGGAAAACCACUCACAUCAGCACGCUGACUAUUGAGCAAGAAGCAAAGGCGCUGCAAGCGCCUGUGCACAUCUGAAAAUCCCAGAAAAAGGCCUUUGAGGCUUUCCUUCAGCAAGAAAUCUAUUCAGGAGGAUAGCUUGUUUCACUUCCUUCCUCCCCCGAGGAGAAAGAUGAGCUGGGCAUUCCUGCGUGACCUGCUGAGUGGAGUGAAUAAAUAUUCAACAGGAAUCGGAAGAAUCUGGGUAGCAGUUGUGUUCAUAUUCCGCUUGCUGGUUUACGUUGCGGCUGCAGAAAACAUCUGGAAGUACGAACACGAUGAAUUUGAAUGCAACAUCAAGCAGCCCGGCUGUGAAAAUGUUUGCUUUGACCAUUUUUUCCCUGUCUCUCACAUCAGGCUCUGGGCUUUGCAGUUAAUCCUGGUCUCCACCCCCUCGCUCUUGGUUGUUUUCCAUGUUGCUUAUCGAGAGAACAGAGAAAAAAAGCACAACCAGACACUUUACAAAAGCCCAGGUGAGAUAGACGGUGGGUUGCUGUGCACUUACCUCAUCAGUCUUGUUUUAAAAACAGGAUUUGAAAUAGUUUUUCUCAUUCUGUUUUACAAAUUGUACAACGGAUUCAAAAUACCACAUCUCGUCAAAUGCGACGUGAGACCGUGUCCUAAUACUGUUGACUGCUAUAUCUCCAAGCCGACUGAGAAGAUGAUUUUCCUCUACUUUCUGGUGGCAACUUCAUGUCUGUGCAUUGUAUUAAAUUUAAGUGAACUGAGUUACCUCCUUUGCAAAUACUCCGUGAAGCGUUAUCUGAAGAGGUACACCAAGGAACAUCGAGGCUCAGCAAGCGGCUGCCACAAAUCGGGAACCAUCAGUCACAGGAGAGCAGCAGCUGCAAGACCAGCCCAUGACAGCCCCCUGUCCUUGCCUCUGAAUGAACAAGAUGGACAGGAAAAUAUCUCCCCACUGACUUGAAAGUUCGGACAACACCUUCCUGUUACACCUGCUGUAUCUCGUGAAUCGCUCUGUUCCCAUCAGUGCUUCACAGAAGCGAAAGGAGAGUUAUUUAGGAAGUAUUUUUCCUCUCUUAGUUCCCUCCCUCCGUUAUACAAGCAAAUAAAUCCACUUGCAUUAUG